AUGUUGAAAGCAAGAAAUAGUGGAAGGAGUGGCUCUCUCGAUGAUUUGGUACAAGUAGAUGACACGUAUGGUAUUGACAGAGAUGGACCAGUGCCAUCUCUUCAAACAGUGAAUGACAUACAAGUGUCACCUGUCUACAUAGACUUGGGUGAACAGACAUGUCUGUUAACAUCAAACAUAAAACCUCUGGAAGAUGGUCACUUGAGAGAUACCAGUUUUACAUUUCAAGCUUUUGGAAAAGAUUUUAUCUUAGAUGUUCACCUUAAUGAUGUUUUAUUUCCAGAAAACUUUGUAGAAAGAUAUUACCUAGAGGAUGGAACUCUAGUUACAAAAGUUCCUGAAUCCAUGCAUCAUCACUGCUAUUAUCACGGUGAAGUUAGAGGUAGUAAUUCAUCUAAAGUAGCUAUAAGUACAUGUAGAGGCUUAAGUGGUGUAGUAUUUGAUGAAGAUACUACUUUUUAUAUAGAACCUUUAGAGGGUAAUUCUUUAAAACAUCUUAUUUACAAGUCAGAAGAUGUAAAGCGCCCUCACAGGGCAAAUUGUGGAUACAGCAAUUUGGCAGUUAUAGAUGAUUUACCAACACUGAAAAGAGUAGAGAGAGAUGUAAAUACUGAAACAAAAUAUGUAGAACUUUACAUUGUCAAUGAUCACAGAGAGUUUGAAUAUUUGGAAAGGGAUAUUACUAGAGUGAUGGAGAGAACCAAGGAAAUUGCUAAUAUGAUGGAUUCCUAUUAUCAAGACUUGAAUAUACGAAUAGCAUUGAUUGGUAUGGAAGUCUGGAACCAAGGGGAUAUGAUAGAUGUUGUUAGUAACCCAAUGCGGACUAUGGAGAAUUUUCAAAAAUGGAGAAAAGAUACUCUUCUUCCAGUAUCUUACAAUGAUAAUGCACAACUAUUAACAGGGCGUACAUUUGAUGGUAGUACUGUGGGUAUGGCAUCUUUAGGUGGUAUGUGUUCAUCAGAACGAUCAGCUGGCGUUAACGAGGAUCAUGGUAUACAUGCAGCUGAUGUUGCAUCAACAAUGACGCAUGAAUUGGGACACAAUAUAGGAUUAUUACAUGAUACAACAGACUGUGAUUGCCCUGCCCCAGAAAGAGAAGGCUGUGUUAUGGAACCAGCUAGUGGGUCUAUUCCACCAACAAAGUGGUCUAAUUGCAAUUUUGAAGAUUUGGAAGCUGCUUUACGUAAAGGUUUAGGAUCCUGUCUGUUUAAUUAUCCACGUACUAUUUACGGGGGUCCCAUUUGUGGUAAUGGAUUUCAAGAAGACCUUGAAGAAUGUGACUGUGGUAAACCAGAGGACUGUGAUAAUCCAUGCUGUAACGCUUAUAACUGUACACUACAUGCAAAUGCUACGUGUGCAAUCGGUGAAUGCUGUGAAGACUGUCAGUUAAAACCACCUGGUACGUUAUGCAGAGAUGUCGUCAAUAAAUGUGAUUUACCAGAAUAUUGCAGAGGACAUUCACCAGCGUGUCCAUCUAAUGUUUAUCGGCAGAAUGGUCAACCCUGCGCUAGUACUGAUGAUGCCUACUGUUACUAUGGUGCUUGUGUGACACAUGAUAGACAAUGUCUGGAAUUAUGGGGUGGAACCGCUAGUAAUUCACCAGAACUGUGUUAUACCGAAACCAAUAGAAAAGGUGAUGAACUUGGUAAUUGUGGUCAAAAUGAAGAUGGUACUUUUGUAGCGUGUCAAGCUAAAGAUGCACCUUGUGGUCGUUUAAUGUGUCAAGGUGGGGAAGACUUUCCAGUGAAAGGAUCUUUAGCUUUGACACGACUCGGCUAUGUUUAUAUUGAUAAAGAAAUGUAUGUAUGCAAAGCAGCGUCUGUAGAUUUGGGAAGUGAUGUACCAGACCCUGGUAUGGUCCAGCCUGGAACAAAAUGUGCUGAUCAAAUGAUGUGUUAUGAAAAUAAAUGCACAUCGAUAGCUGAGUUAGGUCUUACUCAAUGUCCAUACAAUUGUUCAUUUAAUGGGGUAUGUAACAGUCAAAAUCACUGUCACUGUAAUAAGAAUUGGGCUCCGCCGUAUUGUAAUGUUGCUGGUUUUGGUGGCAGUCUGGAUAGUGGACCUGUUAGACCACCAGUUGAAGAUCUCAGCACACAUGGCACUAUGACUGUUAUCUUUGUCAUGUGCUUACUUGUUAUACCUGCUUUACUGGUGAUUAUUAUAUGUAUGCUGUAUAGACGUAGUCAGAUCAAAGCAUGGUGGCAUGCUAGGCAAUAUACGGCAACAUCCGCUGAAUCUUGUACAGAAGUGAAACCUGUUCCACAAAUGUUGAAAACUCAUAAAUUAACAAGUGCAUCAUUACAUCCUGACUCUCAGAAAAUACAGGUUCCUAAAACCAAACCUGUGGUGAAAAAUCAAAAUCGACCUAUCCAUAGAGUUCCAUAUACUGGCAGUUUUGACAGAAAAUCUUUAGAACGUACUUCAUCAGAAAGGAAGCCAUCGGACAAUUUCAUAGAAAUUAGUCUGAAUGAAGAUCAAAAUAAGACAGUACCUCCGCGACCUGCGGCACCACCACUAAGACCAGCUGCACCUCCUGUUGUUAACACACACAUAGGAAAACAGAAACCAUUACCGCCACCCAAACCUAAUAUCACUCCUGGAGUAGGCCAUGGAACCUCACCGUCCGGCUCCCUUGAGAGAAACACUCCUCCAAGACCAACUAGUCUACCUCUUAGAGCAAAUGUUCCGGCCAGACGAGCUCCACCAAGGCCAAAUUUUAAAAGACACAAUCCAAAUCAGACGGUAUGCUAGCACAUUCAUUAAAAUGAGUCAUUACUUAAAUAUAUUAUCAUUAUCUUUCCAUUGAAAGACAUAUUAACAUUGUAGCAUUUUGUUAGAUAAUGAGAGUAUUACACUUACCAUGCAAGGGGAAUGUAGUAAAAAAUAUGCAUUUGCACCCUUGGCAAAAAGAACACUGACCAUCCAAAUAUUCACGCCUUCAGUAGAAGUGUAUAGAUAUUUAUAUGAAGGAGCUGAAUGGUCUAGAAAACAAUUCUGAACAAACAGACAAAAAAUCUAAAGCUUAAAAAUAUAAUAUAAAUCAAAAAUUACAUUUGUUAUAUACUGAAUCAUUUAAUAUUACCGGUACCUAUUUUUGAGCAUCAAAAUUGUAAUUUUCAAUUUGAAGCACAAACAUUGUAAAUCCAAUAAUAAAUGGUAUAUAACAAUAUUUAUUAUGCCUUUCUGAGAUAGUAAAUGGUAAGCAUAGCAACUUAUUUUCACCCAUGAUCAUGAAAAAAUUGUGAAGAAUAUGUUGAGGAGAGACUAGUGCAAGGCUUCAUACAAGUUGAUAAUUGCAAAUUUGUAGAAAACCUUGUUUUCUCUUAUAUUCUCCCUCCUGUGACGACAAUGUAUAUACUAAAUGAUUUGAAUAGAGCUAACAACAUAUACAUGUUAAGUUGUAAAACAAUUGAUAUUGACAAUACUUAACUACCGGUAAGUUAAUGCUAUACAACCUAUGUUUUUAGUGACACUGGUAUUCAAGUGAUUAUAUACAGUGUAUACAGUGAUUUCUAAAUGCUGGUUAUACUCAUUUUCACUAAACUACAUGUACUUGAGUAGAAUCAUCACAUGUCAUAAGAAGUGAGCAAUGAUUGAUGAGAUGCUCAAUAAGUGACCCUAAGGUCUCACUUCCUGGUAAUUUCUUGGAGUACAAACUCACAAAUGAAUGCAAAUGAAAAUUUCUCUCACAGUUCCUCCCAAAAUGCAAGCAUUUGUCAUUGAAGUUCUGAAAUAGUGAAAUAAUCAAGAUAAAAUAUACAUUAUUAUACAUCUGUCAUCGUAACGUCAUAAGUUACAGCAUGCCGUAUUGCACUGGGUAUUUUCAUCCUACCAUAUUAGAAAACGUGAAUUCCAAAUAUGGAAUGAUUAAGCGCGUAAACGCCCUCUAAUAAUAAAAAACAAACAUGCCUCCCCCCAGGGUUUGACUGGACCCCCACACAAAGAAGUUCGCUAAAUCUGUUUGAAAUGUUUUGGAUUUCGGCAUUUCCAUGAUGUAUUCCUUGGAAGAAAAGAUGUAUAAUAAUAAGGUUAUUACAAGGAUACAGCAAAGUAGGCACUCAGACAGUACGCAGUCGCAUCGAGCUCCACUGCAUGUCGGUCGAUACUCCCGCUGUACUUUUUUCUUGCAUAAUUUGCAGUAUCCUUGUAUUAUUAAGCCAUCAAUACCCCCAGAAAUUACCAGAAUGUGUGACUUUUAGGGGUCAUACAUUAGGUCUGUCAUGCAUUUUUAGUCAGUCAUUGUUUAUUUUUUGUCAUGUGAUGACCCAACACUGGUUAGUCAAUGGUCAAUGCUUACAUUAGGUCAAGAGAGAUGAAAAAUCCAUAAAAAUAUUUGUAUUUAUACUUUUUGGAAAAUGAUCAGUACCCCCAAUCUCCAAAUGUUUGUUUUAUUUUAAAAAUUUUAUAUUUCAUAUUAUAUUAAAAAAAAGUACUUGUAUUUUUCUGUGGUACUACUACUUCU